AUGAAAUCAACAGGAGGAGGACAAAAAAUCAAUUUGUUUAGGGAAGAAGUUGAAAAAUAUAAAAACGAUCAUGAAAAAAUAAUCAUUUUCACAGACAGUUACGACGUGAUUUUUUUGGCCGGAUUAAACGACAUAUUGGAACAAUUUGAUAAAAUCGGUGGAAGAGUCGUUUUUGGAGCCGAACCAUUUUGUUGGCCUGAUAAAAAUUUAGCAUCACAAUAUCCGAUUCAAUCGAGAGGAAAACAAUAUUUGAAUUCCGGUGGGAUCAUCGGUUACGCUCCUGAAUUAUAUGAGAUAUUAACACACAGAUCCAUAGACGACGAUGACGACGAUCAAUUAUUUUACACUCAAGCAUACCUUAACGAAACUCUUAGAAAUAAUUUGAAAAUAAAAUUAGAUCACAAAUCUCAAAUAUUUCACAAUUUACACGGUGCCAUGGAUGAGCUUUCGCUUAAAUUUAAAAAUCACGAACCUUAUUUGGAAAACGAACAAAUGAAAAGUCAUCCGUUGAUAUUACACGGUAACGGUCCGACAGUCGUCAAAGUCGGUUUGAAUAAUUUGGGUAAUUACUUACCGAAUUGUUGGAAUACCCGAGACGGAUGCGUUUCGUGCAAGGAAAAUGUGAUAACACUAUCAGACGAAGAUACGUCGAAUCAUCCGAGAGUUUUCGUUGCUUUAUUCGUAUCAAAACCCACGCCUUUCCUGGAAGAUUUUUUACAAAAAGUUGGAGAUUUAAAAUAUCCGAAAAAUAAAAUCAAUUUGUUCGUUUAUAAUUUUAUAAAACAUCACGAGAGAGACGUUGAUAAAUUCGUCGGAAAAUUCAGGGAAAAAUACAAGAGCGUGAAAGAGAUAAAAGCCGAUGAUGAAAUUGCUGAAUCACAUGCGAAAACUUUAGCCAUAGAACAUUUCAAAACAUCAAAAGCUGAUUUUUAUUUUAAUUUGGAUAGCGAAGCACAUUUGGAUAAUCCUUACACGUUGAAACUUCUCGUCGAACAAAACAGAACCAUCGUUGCUCCCAUGCUCGUGAGACCGUUUAAAGCUUGGAGUAAUUUUUGGGGUGGAAUAGCCGAGGAUGGAUUUUACGCCAGGAGUUUCGAUUACAUGGAUUUGGUAAAUAACGAAAAACGGGGGUUGUGGAACGUACCUUACAUCAGCGGAUGUUAUUUAAUCAACGGUACCGUCAUACGAAACGAUGAAACCAAACCGAGUUACGUCGAAGGUGCCCUAGAUCCGGAUAUGGCAUUCUGUCAUCACAUGAGAGAAAAGGGAGUUUUCAUGUACGUGAGCAACAGAGUUGAUUUCGGACAUUUAAUCAAUCCCGAUACUUACGACGUGACACGAACUCAUCCCGAUUUCUAUCAAAUAUUCGAUAAUAAAUGGGAUUGGGAACAAAGGUAUUUGCACGAAAACUAUUCGGAAAAUUUAAAUCCGGAAACGAAACCAUUGAUGCCUUGUCCAGACGUUUAUUGGUUUCCCAUAGCUUCCCCGAGAUUCUGUCAGGAACUCAUUGAAAUAUGCGAAACCUACGGGAAAUGGUCGGACGGUAGCAAUAAGGAUCUUCGUUUGGAUGGCGGUUAUGAAAAUGUACCGACGCGUGACAUACACAUGAAACAAAUCGGUUUGGAAUAUCAUUGGCUUUACUUUUUGAAAGAAUACGUUAGACCGCUCCAGGAAAAUGUUUUCAUCGGAUAUUAUCAUAACCCUCCUCGUGCCAUAAUGAAUUUUGUCGUUCGUUAUAAACCGGACGAGCAACCGUCGUUGAGGCCACAUCACGAUUCGUCUACUUACACGAUUAAUUUGGCACUAAACACUCCAAAGGUUGACUACGAGGGAGGCGGUUGCAGGUUUUUAAGGUACAAUUGUAGCGUCACGGAUACGAGAUUGGGAUGGUUGCUCAUGCAUCCGGGAAGGUUGACACAUUAUCACGAAGGUUUGCUUGUGACAAAAGGUACGCGUUACAUAAUGGUUUCGUUCGUCGAUCCUUAA